AUGCCGUCCCCGACUACGCUAUUUCACGCGUUCCUUCGACCCUCUAUACUCCAGAUCCUUCGCGCGACAGGAUAUCACGGCACCUCGCCUGCAGUGCUCGACGCCAUCACGGAUCUUGCGGCGCGCUACCUGUCCCUCCUGUGCGAGAAGACGGCCGGGCAUGCGGUUCACAAUCAUGGCGACGCAGGCGACUAUAGCAUUGUCGAAGUGCGCCUUGCGCUUCAGGACCUGGGCGCCAUGCUACCGGAAAAGUCGCUCGCUGAGCAGGAAUGGAGGGGCGAGGAGGACCUACGAGGCGUCGAGGAAUUUGUCAAUUGGUUCAGCGGUGAUCGCAUGAAGGAGAUCAUGGACUUUGCCAAAGGGGACAUGGAGUCUGACGAAAUGGACUAUCUGAGUGCUCUGAAGAAACGGCAUAACAAAACGGACGAUGGAAAGUUCCAAGGCACCAUCCUUGGCAAGCCCGCCGACCACGAGAACGAAAUUGAGAUCGAGGGCGGCGGCGGCGCGCUCAAGACGAUAGAGGACUGGAUCUCGCAGCGCACAGGACGCACAAAGGUCGAGGACGAGGUAGUAGGGGACAUGGACCUCGCAUAG